AUGAAGCCCAGACGACGAAUGAGGACGCCCCCUCAUGGCUUCUUUCUUAAUCUAGGCGAUGGCUCCCCUGGCGAGGUUCAAGUCCAGCAAAAAAAUGAAUACGAGGUCAACAAAUUCCUGAUCAACGGGGAUGACGCCAUUCUAUCACCGAUUGUAACGAUGGAUCUUAGUCAGACCCACGACCCGGGCACUUUUCGUAGCUCUCUGUCUAUAACAGGCGUGAACACGACGGCACCGGUGGAUUCUCUCAAAAAUACAAACCAAACCCAUCCUGCCAAUGAUAACGCGGUUGGUGCUUCCGUAAACAACGGGUUAGGCAAUACGGCCACACCAGGAAGCACCAUCAACAGCACCGGCAGCAAUAUUGGUGUUGGUCCAGCCAAGUUCAUCCAUGUCAACAAUACCAAUUUGUUUGUUUUAAUAGAUGGUAUUUCGAUGUUCUUCGAAGGCAAAUCCACUUUUACUGGUGACGAAGAUCCCCUUCUUCGGCAGCAGAUCCUUAACAAGAUGUCCGUUAAGGCCCUUAGCACCUCCAAAUCAGCCGACGCGGUUGAGUCUACAACGAGUGAGAUGAUCCCAGCUCGCGGUGGUGGUGAUGGAGGAGGAGGGGGAGGGGAAAGGAGUUUAGAUGUAAAAAGCAGGCCUCAUAACCAGCGGGCAUCGUCGUUCUCCACGGAUGCUGUGGAGAACGCCAUUCGCUACAUUCAGCAGGAGGUCUCCAAUAUCCACCCUACCACCCCGCACGAAGCCGUCGCGCCCGGCGCGAAAUCCGCCUCCACGGAGCAUCUUUCGAAGCCGAGCUCCAUCUCCAGCCCUCAUUCUGUUCCCUUUGCCGCCAAGAAAGGGCCCUCGAAGGAGUUUCUUUCGUUUUUCAGCGGGGCGUUGAAGCCGUGCGGGGUUCCUCUCUUCGGCUACGGCCUCGCCACUGCCUGGCGGCGGCCCCCCAAAGAGCCUCCAGGGUGCUCUCAAAGCCCCCCCAGCGACGCCCCGUCGGUGGGGUCCUCCGCGACAGCCUCAAAUCGGCCUUUUUUUCGCGCCACGCCGUCGGCGAAAGGGGGGGCCUCGACGCCGGUGUUGCCGCCCGCCAAGACCGAAUCGCGGCUUUCCACCUCACAGCCCCAUCCUCGCGAGCCGGGGGGGCGGAUUGGGUUGAAAGGAAAGCUGAGUUUCCCCCCCUCUCGCGUGGAAGGGGUGGAGUCGGCGGGUUUGCGGGGUCGUGGAGGCCGUGGUGCGGCCUCGUGGCGAUCCUCCGCGGGGAAUUCCUCGAAGUCGAAGGUCUUUUCCGCCGAGGACGUCGGCCACAGCAACCACUCGCUUGAUCUUGACGACGUGGAGGUGCUUCAUUUCAUCGAUGGGGGCUCGCAGGGGAAGGUGUAUUGCGUGCGGCUGGAGGGCAAACUCUACGCGUUGAAGUGCAUCGACGUGAAGGCGGCGAUGCAGGCGACGAAUGCGGUGGAGCGGCAGGGCCGGAAGCGGGGGUUGGUGAAGGAGUUGAAUAUGAUUCGCCUCCAGCAAUCCACCCCCCCUGCCACCCAUCUCAUGCGCAUGUUCAACGCCGUCGCCUCGUUGAACGGGCAACAGCAGCUCAGCAUCCUCCUCGAGUUGAUGUCGUUUGGGGUGGAUAAGAUGCAGCAGAUGGUCGCCCGCAUCCCGCAUCGCGAGCUGAUGAAACUCGUGCAAUCCACCUUUAAAAGUUACAUGGCGAAGCACGCGCCGGAGGAAGGCGGGCUCGCGCGGGGCCUAAAACGGCAGCUCGGCCCCCCUUCGCAGGUCCUCGGCCGACGUGAUUUCAACACCCCAAAGGCGUGGGAGCGCGCGGCGGAGCGGCAGACGGCGGUCCCGGAAAUCAUCCUCGCGAUGAUCGCGGCGGAUACCCUCGCCGGCCUCCGCGCCCUCCACACCGACUACCGCAUCGUUCAUUGCGAUAUCAAGCCGGAGAACAUUCUUCUCUCGUUUGAUAAGCAGAGCUUUAAGAUCAGCGACUUCGGCUGCGGCUGCGCGAUCGACGCGCGGACGGGGAAGGUGCGCUGCUCGGGAGUCGACCUCGGCGCGAAGCUCUACCGCGCGCCGGAGCGGUUGAUCGGGAAGGAUCCCGCCAGCCUCGGGGUUGAGGCCGCCCCCGAAGAGGAGGAGGAGGAUGGCCGCAUCGUCGACUCCCCGUUCGCGCAUCAGGUGAUCGAAUUCGACGAGAAGGCGGAUGUGUGGUCGCUCGGGGUCACGCUGCUGGAGCUCGCCUGUGGGGUGCACCCCUGCAGUCCGUUCAAGUCCGACUUCUGGAAUUACACGAACGAGCUGAAGCUCACGAAGAUGGUGAAGCCGCUGACGUGGUCGCCGGACUUUUGCGAUUUUAUCGUCCGCUGCGUCUGUGUGGAUGUGGCGAAGCGGUGGUCGGUGGAUCAGCUCCUGGAGCACCCGUUUAUUUUGCAUUACAGCAACGUCCCUCGGAGCCGGUUGAGGAUUUUCAUGGAGCGGCUCGAGGAGGAAUCGGCGAGUUUUCAGAGAAAGCAGCAGCGGGAGUUGCUGCAGAAACAGAUAUUGCUCAGUACAAAUCAGGUCGCGCGAGACAACUACCUCAAGGAAAGCCGCUCCAAGUGGAAGGAGUUCACCGGCUUUCUAAGCGUAACCCCUGAGCUUAAGGACUUGAGUAAAUUUCCACGCUUGGCUUAG